AUGUCGACAAGAUCGCUGCGGCACCGAUCCAGCCGCUAUUCGAGUCCUGCGACCUUUGCAGAGAAGGAGGUGCCCUCCAAACCUAUCGAGGCACCAGUGACGAGAAAUGGCCAGCAGUCCUCCCUCGACAGAUGGAUUGAGCCGGGGGUGCGGCCUGCGGUGCCAAGUUUCGAAGAUACAAGAGGUCUCGAGAGGGUUGGUGUGCUGGAGAAUAUGCAACCCCUAGGCACGGCUCCUUCACAAAAACUUCUUCAAAAACUGAAAUUGAACUACGUCCGACCUUCUCUUCGCACCACAUCCGCCCAAAAUGAGGAAACCGUCACGCCGGUGGCAGAAGCAGAAAAGAUGGAUUUGGCCUCCCCCGGGGAGCCUGAGAUAUUGCCCGAUCUGCCUCCCGAUCCCCCUCGACAAUCUGACACCAUUGUCAUUUCCAGUCCUCCGCGUGGUCGACCACCGAGGAGAGAGGUCGCAGAGAUGCCCCAAGCCGUGAAUGUGUCGCCUUCGCCGAGCAAAUUGUCAUUUACCCCUACCACUCACGUUCCUCCGAAGCCUCACUCGAUCCAGGAACAUCUACGGCAGGACCGACUUCAAAAUCACGUCGAACGUGCGAUGCAAGAAGCCACCCAGAAAGGAACGCCAGAUCUUGUGCCUGGAUUGCAAAAGCUUCGCGAGGAUGCUCAUCUGUAUCCCGAGUUGUGGAAUGUGUUGGAGGCAGUGGUUCAACAGUCACCGACCACUUCACAAUUCAAAACCUUCAAGCGCUACAUCAAAUCUGGCCUCAAGAAAUACCGGCGUUCCAGUCAAUUAUCUACCAGCCCCUAUCAACCUUCUCCUCAUCAAAUGAACAACCUCGCUUCCCUGGAACACAACCGCUCACCCGUGGCUGGACAUUCCGCCAUCCCAUCUACCGGAUUUCCUGAAGAUUCCAACCGCAAAAUCUCACUCUACUUCAAUGUUCCACGCAACCGAGGAUCGUGUCGACCGGAGGAUGCGUCAGUCUCGCCUUCCACAGCGCCGCGCUCGACGCAACUGACCGAGCCCGAGAUGGGACCAUUUCAGCAAGCCACCACCUCGCCGCACAAGCGAAAGCGAUCGCGCAGCGUGUCCAGCACAUCUUCGCUAUCAUCGGCCCAGUCCAUACCUGAUGAAUUCGGCCCCCCUUUAGACCGUGAGCACCAAGGUGAGGGACGAGGAGCCAGCGGGCGAUCCAGAUCGGCCGGGCAGCGCCAAGCCACAAGCCGAAUGGGAGCGGGCAACAGACUCCGUUCAGCUGCCAAUUCCACACAUGCUCUAUCUGCUCCAAAACAUCCAUAUUCAGAAGUCGCGACUACCGCUAAAUUCGCAUCCAAGAAACUGAAGAAAGGUCGAGAAGACCCCGAGUUUGACAUCAAUGAGCUUGCCCGGCGAAAGCGCCACUGGUUAGAUGACAGUUUUCAUGAUUACAACACCAUUCCUCGGCCAGAAAGCCACGAGCGUGGACCCAUCCACGGUCACCCCGAGCGUCCUGAGGCAGAGGAAAGACCGCCAGCGCCGGUCAUUCAUCCCAAUCGCUUGCUCACCACGCUGUCGUCCCCAGUGAGCGCUCAGGCUCCGCCUGAGAACAUCCUAUCCAACGGAACCAGCCGCAAGAGAGCGUACGGUGAAAUCGACGCAGACGAACUCGACGUUAUCACUCCCGAAUCAUCGUCUCCAGGUCCGCUGCUUGUGCCACCGUUGUCGGGGUUGGCAAACGCCGCGUCACGGGGCGCCACGCCUCGAGCUACCCGACUACAACCAGCUCCCAAAACUCGUAAAUCUGCGCGUGUAAUGGUAUCACCCAAUAAGCCCAAGAAUGGCGGAAUCACGGCAGGAAUUUCACGUGCGGGGCCUGGGCGCGACGUUACGAUCGGCACCGGAGCAGAAUCAAGUGCAGAGGAUAACGACGAGUUUUGUGCUUCGUGCGGUGGCGAAGGAAAGCUUCUGUGCUGUGACGGCUGUCCAAACUCCUUCCAUCACGCAUGCUUAGAGCCACCGUUGAAUCCGGACGAAGAAGUUGAAGGCGAAUGGUUUUGUCCACGAUGCGUCGCGCGACGAACCAAAGAAGCACCUCGGCCAUCCGGUCUUUUGGGCUUGGUCAUCCGCCGUGUUGACGAUACCAUCCCCAAAGCUUUCGCACUUCCCCUAGACAUUCGUGAAUACUUUGAAGGCGUGCGGACGGGUGAUGAAGGCGAGUAUGAAGAAGUCGGUCUCCCCCGCACUCAACACAACGCCGUCAAGAUGAAUCGAGCUGGAUUCAUCGAAGAGCCAAACUACAAAGAGACUCGCGACGGUAAAGGUCACCUCAUUGUCUGUUACCGGUGUGGUCUCACGUCCAAUGGUCGCGACAUCAUCCCAUGUGACUACUGUCCCGCGCGAUGGCACCUGGACUGCGUGGAUCCUCCGCUGGCGGUCCCCCCGCGUCGUCGCGGCAACGAUAAGCCAGGCUCUUCAUGGCGAUGUCCUCUUCACGUUGAACAUGACCUGUCCGCCAUCGGCCGUCAAGCCGAGGCGGCCCCUGGAGAUCUCGGUCGAGUUCCGAGACUGCGCAAGCCGAAGAACGCCGUUCCCUUGGACGUGAGAGUGACGCGAGGAUUCAGAAAUAACGGCAUCAUCGAAAUUGAUUUCAUGAAAGACGAACCUCUGGUGGACAAGACCAAAGAGGUGCAAAUGUGUGGCAAAGUUCAUCGAAUCCCCGAAAAAGGUAUCCGCUUGGAUUUCAUUGAUCGCGUCAAGAAGAGCUGGUACGAAGAUCAGUCAUUUCCCAGACAACUGGACGCGCCGAAGAGAAUACGGAAUCGAACUUAUCGUCCUGACAACGUUGUCCUGCACCACCCACCCCAGGAAGUGGUUGUCAAGGUCCGCGAACCCGAUUUUUGGACAGGCGCAAGCGCCCUGGCGAUCGCUGAAACAGCCAAAGCCAACGCCGCUUUGAGAAAUCGGUCUUUGAGAGAACAACAAGCUGUCCUCAAUCUAGCCGAGAUGUCACAAAAGGGAAUUGAUGGCUAUUCUGGUGAUGCCUUGGCCGAAUUGACCAAUCAACUCGUCAGCGAAGCUCCUCCUGAAGUGAUUGAGUCGAUGGAACACAGCGAACUCGAUCAACUGCUCUCUUUGCAGGGACUCAUCCAGAAGAGACUUUCCGUCCUGGGUCACGCAACCCCUUCCGUGUCAAUGGACAGAAGCAGUCGGAGUGAGACUCCAAAUGGUGAUGCAUCUCCCCGGAGGGAACCUCUUCCUCCUCCCGGCAAAGAAAAGAUGGUCAACGGUGAUACCCCAAAGUACGAGGAUUUCGAGACACAUGGGGAUGCAGAUGAUGAAGACGUCGAAUUAUAG